UCUUGUCCCACAACUACGGUAUCCGAGAAGACCAAGAAGGUGAAACACGGGACAAAGAAAAGUCAUUAGAAGAACUGGAGAAAAGCUUCAAUACAUCCCAGAGCAGCGACAUGCCAUUUGAAGAACUGCUUGCACUCUAUGGCUAUGAAGCAUCAGAUCCAAUUUCAGAACAGGAGAGUGAAGGAAAUGACAUUGCCCCCAACCUCCCAGAUAUGACCCUGGAUAAGGAACAAAUAGCGAAGGAUUUGCUUUCAGGGGAAGAAGAGGAGGAGACACAAUCAUCAGCUGAUGACCUGACUCCAUCUGUCACCUCCCAUGAUGCAUCGGACCUGUUUCCCAACCGGGCCAGCUCACAUUUCCUUGCUGAUGAAGAUAAAGAGCCUUGUUCUUCUUCCUCAUCUGACUCAGAAGAGGACUCUCUGCCUUCCAACGAGUGUAAGAAAGAGAUCAUGAUUGGACCUCAGUAUCAGGCUGUUAUUCCUGCCCUUCACUUAAACAGACACAAUGAGAAAGCCCACAAUGAGUGA